AUGGAUCUACUUAGGCGUAGCAUAACUAAGGAAAUCAACAGGGACAUUUCUUUUGCGGUCAAUGGCAAAAUAAUCACAGUAAGCCACGACUAUCCUCCGACCACUUCCUUGCUGGACUUUCUCCGACAGAGUGGGAACUCCACUGGAACCAAAGGAUGCUGCUACGAGGGUGGCUGUGGGAUUUGCUUGGCGACGGUCAAAUUUAUCGAUCCAGUGACAAAAACGAUCAGAUCCUAUAGUGUUAACACUUGUCUACUGCAACUGUACUCCUGCGAUGGCCUUGAGAUCACCACCGUGGAAGGCCUUGGUAGUACCAGAUCCGGUGUCCACCCCAUUCAGGACAGACUGGCCAAGUUUGACGGGGCUCAGUGUGGCUACUGUACACCUGCACAGGUCAUCAAUAUGUAUGGCUUGCUGAAGAAUAAACCCAAACCAACCAUGCAGGAGGUAGAAGACGCUUUCGACUCAACCAUCUGCCGAUGUACAGGUUACCGAUCAAUCCUUGAUGCGAUGAAGUCAUUUGCUGUCGAUGGACCUGCAAGUUCCUGUGGUGGAGUUAUCGACAUCGAAGAACUAGAUAGGAAAAUGUGUGGAAAAACUGGCUUUCCUUGUCACUCUGUUUUCGACCAUGGGAACACUCAGCUGCAGAUUUUCAACAAUGGCGUUCGUUGGAUUAAGCCUGUGACACUGUCUGAACUGUGUACUCUGCUGAAAGACUACAGGAAAGAUGGCUACAGGCUUGUCUUUGGAAACACGGGCUUUGGACUGUUCAAGGAACUUCAAACUGAAAAUUUCAAGACACUGAUAGACAUCCGUGGCGUGGUGGAGCUAUACAACGUUGAUCUGGACAAACAGAGCCACAUCAGUCUAGGAGCAAACCUGACGCUGACCAACCUAAAGGAACUUUUCGAAUCCAUCGAUGACCCUAGUGUCCCCUACAGUCAGGAUUUUGCCAGACACUUGCAGUAUGUCACCUCAAAUGGUGUACGCAAUCUCGGAUGUUGGGCUGGGAACUUGAUACUGAAGCAUCUACACCGGGAAUUUCCAUCUGAUGUCUACACGAUGCUAGAGACUGUUGGAGCAACCGUCAACAUCGCUGAUGGCAAGGGAAGAACUAAGAACUACACACUCCUGGACUUCCUAGCCCUGAAAAUGGCUGGAAGGGUCAUAGUGUCCGUUGAUCUGCCCAAAUUUGCAAGCGGGAGCACCAUCAUCAGGACCUUUAAGACUUCGCCAAGACUACAGUUAAGUAUUCCUCAUGUCACCAGUGGAUUCAACUUCCAGAUUGACUCCAGUAAAGACUGCUUGAUUGAGAAGAAGCCAACGAUCAUUAUACAAGGGAUUAGUCCCAACUUGGUACACGCCAGCCAGACAGAAGAGUUCUUGACCAACAAAAAACUCUCUGACCCGGAUGUGGUGACAAACGCUGUCAAGACAUUGGCAGCGGAACUACACAGCAGUGUACAGUCCUCAGCAUCAAGCUCCGCCUACUUGGUUUCCCUGGCAGUUGGUCAUUUCUACAAGUUCAUCCUAGGUGUGUGCAAAGACACGUGCGACCAGCGCUACAUGAGUGGUGGCCUUGACUUCGACCGACCUGUGUCGUCUGCUACCCAUGAUUACGGAACACCGGAUGACACCGUAUUUCCGGCCACAAAACCUAUGCCGAAGAUCACAGCACCAAAUUUGACAACAGGCGAAGUCAAGUUUGUGAACGAUCUGCCUGCAGUCCAAGGUCAAGCCUAUGGUGCAGUUCUGCUGAGUUCUCAAGGCAAUGCGCAGAUCAGCCAGGUGGACCCUUCAGCUGCACUGAAAGUGCCAGGGGUACUGACGUUUGUGCAAGCUUCUGACAUUUCUGGACAAAAUAACUGGAGGCCUGCCAGUCAGUAUGGCGACUUCAAGACGGAGGUGAUGAGUUCUGGAUCAGUGAGUCACGCCGGGCAACCCAUUGGAGUCAUUGUAGCAGAUUCUGACCAUGCAGCUCAGCAAGCGGUCAAGUUGGUCAGUGUGUCCUACACCAAUGUCCAGCCAGUCAUUGUGGACGUCAUGGAUGCCAUACAGCAAAAGUCUUUCUACGCCAAACUUGGGCCUUUCACUAAGGGAAAUGUUGAGGAUGCUCUGCAAUCAGCACCCCAUCGGGUUAAAGGGAACACCCGUUCUCGAGAACAGUAUCAUUUCCAUCUGGAGAAUCAAGCUGCUAUCUGCACACCUACUGAUCUGGGUGGAAUGGAAGUAGUCUCCACAACCCAGUGGCUGGAUGCUACACAGGAAACUGUGGCUCAGGUGUUGGGGAUACCUGUGGCUAG